AUGGACAUACGUGUAGCAAGCAUCCUCCUGGUCAUGGUGACCUUGACAGCAGCCCAUGGGGAGCGCUAUGUGGUGAAGAAGAUGGUGAAGGCCGCUCCUCAAUACCAGCCCUACUCUGUGAAGAGCCAUGUGGUGUCAGUGGCAGGUGAGCCUGGUGCUCCAGGUGAGCCCGGCCCCGAGGGACCUCCUGGCCCUGCUGGACCCCCAGGUGAGAGUGCUGAGGGUAUGCCUGGACCUGAAGGACCUCCUGGACCCCAGGGAGCUCCUGGCCGCUCCAUCGCUGGCAAACCUGGAUCCCCAGGUGGACCUGGCAAACCUGGUGCCCAUGGAGCACCUGGUGAGAAGGGAGACACUGGUGCUCCAGGCUCUCAGGGACCUAGAGGAUCUCCUGGAUCUCCUGGAAGCCCUGGACCUGCUGGCCUCUCAGCUACUGGCAAGCCUGGACCUUCUGGUCUUCCAGGGGCAAUGGGACCUAGAGGAGAGCCCGGUCACAAAGGACAUCCAGGUAUUCCUGGACUGCCAGGUGCUAAGGGUGAUAGAGGGGUGGGAGCUCCUGGACCUCAGGGUGCAACAGGACCUGUUGGACCUAUGGGUUCCACUGGAGCCCCAGGUGCGGCUGGAGUUGGAAAGCCAGGAAGAUCAGGUAGUCCAGGUGAGCCAGGAAAGUCAGGUAGCCCAGGUAGGGAUGGUGCCACUGGUCCCAUGGGACCACAGGGACCCAAGGGACACACUGGUGCCCCUGGUGUAGGUGUUCCAGGUAAAUCAGGUGAGAAUGGUGCCCCAGGUCUGCCUGGCCCAGUUGGCCCUAAAGGCCAUCAGGGACCUACUGGAGCUACUGGUGCCCCCGGAGUUCCUGGAUAUGGAAAGCCAGGUGCAAAUGGAGAGAAGGGAGAGAGGGGAGCUACAGGUCCCACAGGUGCAACAGGCCCUAAGGGUGAGCAAGGUCAUACAGGUUAUACUGGUGCCACUGGUGCUACUGGUCCCAUGGGUCCUUCUGGACCUCAGGGUUUAACAGGUUUCCCUGGUGAGCCCGGUGCUGAAGGCGCUAAGGGUGACACAGGUGCAACUGGAGCUCCAGGAGCUAAGGGAAACAAGGGAGAUAUGGGAGCACAAGGGUUCCCAGGUAAGCAGGGUUAUCCAGGCCCAGCUGGUCCCUCUGGAGCCAGGGGAGCCACUGGAGCUACAGGUGACAAAGGCGAUGUAGGUGCCCCAGGUACUCCCGGUGCCUCAGGUAUUCCAGGCCCUGCUGGACCCAAAGGUCUUCCCGGUCGUGCAGGUGAGCGAGGUGCUGCUGGUUCUGAUGGUGCUCCAGGUGCCAGAGGACCCUCUGGGCCUCAAGGUGGUGCUGGUGCUCCAGGCGCUAAGGGACACCCAGGUCUCCCUGGUUCUCCUGGCCCUGCUGGUUUGGCUGCUAAGGGUAUCCCUGGACCUCAGGGUCCCCCUGGUCUGCCUGGUGAUAAUGGUGCUGAUGGAGCCACUGGCCCACAGGGCCCUCCUGGUCCUCCUGGUCCUCCUGGUGAGGUUGUGUUUGAGAAGGGAAUGGGGAAGGGAAUGGGAAUGGGAAUGGGUGAGGUUAUGGUCAAAUCCCCCAUGUCUGCUUUCACUGCAUCUCUGGCCACUCCCUACCCUGCUUCUGGCACCCCCAUUAAGUUUGAUCAGAUUGUGUACAAUGCUGAGAAUCACUAUGACCCUGACAGCGGCAUUUUCACCUGCCAGAUUCCUGGAGUUUACUAUUUCUCCUACAGCAUCCAUGUUAAUGGUGCUCAUGCCCUGGUGGCUCUGUACAAGAAUGGUCAGCCUGUUAUGUUCACUUAUGAUGAGUACAACAAGGGCUUCCUGGACCAGAUGUCUGGUAGUGCUGUCCUCUUGCUCGAUGAGCAGGACACAGUCUACGUCCAGAUCCCCGAUGAUGAGGCCAAUGGCGUCUUUGCCGCUGAGAAUGUCCACUGCUCUUUCUCUGGGUUCCUCAUUGCUUCAACGUGA